UUAAUCAGAACAUGAAAAAAUAAUUUCAGCUGUUAGACAAAGAUGGAUCCAUCACAAAGUGAAUAUGAUGAGCUGGGCGAGGAGGAGGAGCUCCCAGAAGAUGAAAAUGACGUUUCGUUUCUUAUGGAUAUUGUUAGCCUGGAGCACUCAUUUGGCUACAACUGUAAGCGCCUUUUCAACAUGGUGCUGGUUAAUAAGGAUACAAUUAUCUUUGCUUCUGGAAACUAUCUGCAUUACUUUAGCAUUUCCAGGCGUGAGGUAACAUUUCGGGAGACGGUUUUUGGCUGUGGCAUAGGAUUUAUUACGAAAAACGAUCAUCCCGAUCAUCAGGGCCUCUUUACCGUGGGAGAAAAUGGACCACGUCCCACUAUUUUUAUCUAUGAGUAUCCCUCACAUGAUGUUCGCAUCAAGUUAUCGAAUGCAGCCAAGGCUUGUUUCACGGCCGGCUCAUAUAACUCCAGCGGCGAGCUAUUUGCUUCCCAGGCCGGUUAUCCCGACUUCAUAUUAACCAUUUGGAGAUGGGAGCGUGCUGAGGUUGUACUGCGAGCUAAAUCCUUUCAAAGCGACAUCCUUUUUGUACACUUUUCGGUGCAUAAUCCAAUACUGCUGGUCUCAUCGGGCCUGAGUCAUAUCAAGUUCUGGAAAAUGGCCAAUACCUUUACGGGGCUAAAGCUGAAAGGUGAUUUGGGCCGCUUUGGCAAAACCGAUUUCAGUGACAUCUACGCCACAUACAUGUUGCCGGAUGAAAAUGUGAUCUCGGGCUGCGACUGGGGGAACAUGCUGUUGUGGGAAGCGGGUCUUAUCAAGUUUGAGAUUUGUCGCAAGGGACGCAAGCCGUGUCAUGCCAGGCCUAUAACGCGCAUCACGAUGCAAAAUGGAGAAGUGACAACAGUUGGCAUGGAUGGGUAUGUACGCGUCUGGUACUGGGAGACUGUCGAUCUGGCCGACCCCCCUGAGGACGACUUGUUUGUGGAAAUCGAUCCGAUCUAUGAGUUCAAAAUAGGCGAUGUGGAGCUGCGUUGUAUGCAGAAAAUCAAUCUGUUUGACGACAAUGACUUUGGAUACUAUGCGCAGGAUGGCAAAGGCGGAAUUUGGUUCUGUGAUAUCAACACCUUCGACAUACCCAAGAAGUCCUAUCAGCUUUACUCAUGCGUUGGCGGUCGCGUCCUAGCAGCACAAACUUCGCCCGUGUCUCCCCAUCUGUUGGCACUCUCCGAAGAUGGCAAGAUUUUUGUGUACAACUACGACACCCGAAGCCUACUUUUAGAGAAACAAUUCCCUGCCGACGGGGUCGAUGUGCUCUGGUUCGACACACAAAUAUCAACGCUAGGCACGGAGCUGGUUGCCGGCUUUAAGGAUGGUAUAUUGCGGCAGAUGUUCCUGGACCUGAGUAACCCGAGACAGCCAAGUCUGCAUUUGGUCCGCGUCUUCAAGGCUCAUACUGCACCAAUAACCUGUCUGACCAUAAACAGCGAGAGCACUCUGUUACUCUCCGGCUCUGCCGAUAAGACCAUUUUUAUAUAUGCACUUUCCAAUAACGAGCUCGAAAUGGUGGAUCUGAAGCCCUUGGGGUUCAUUGAAUUUCAAGCCAUACCGAACUGUUUCUAUUGGAGGGAAACUCAGUCGAAUUUAGUGUUGAUUGGUUGUAAGUCCGGCGAGGUUUACGAGUACAAUAUACGCACCAAUAUCACCGAGGAGGAAACCUAUCUUACCUACAAUCUAACGAGUAAGGAACGACUACGCAGUACUCGCUUCGUCUCGGUAAAGAGCCGCAUACGGCGUGACAUCAAGCGUGAGAAGAUCAAGCGCCGUAAAGAGAAAAAACGUGAGCGGAAAAUGCGGGAAAUCGAGAAGUUGAAAAAGGCCAAUCCAGGACUGCAAAUCGACAUUGAGAGCGCGCUGGCGGACUCGGAGCCAGACGAAGAGGAAGAACCACUCCACAUUCCAAGUGUGCCCAACGCCAUACUCUGGCUGCGUUACACAGAUCGCGACACCAUUUGGGUGUCUAUGGCAGGCUAUGAUGCGGGCUAUGUCUAUGAGUUGGAAUUCGGAGCGGCCGAGCCCUCGAUAUGCACUAUGAUUGCGGAUGCCGAUGACAUUGAAAUCCACUCCUAUUACAUAAUCGAUGAAUAUAUUUUGUUUGGCUUAUUCAAUGGACGUCUGCGCAUCAAUCGUCUGAACUUGGAGAAUUUUACGGAUCUUACGGACUACCGCAUCUAUCCCAUGCAUGAGGCUAAUAAUGGUGUUAUGCCACGCAUCCUGACUAGUUUUGAUGGCGAGCGCCUGGUCACUAUUGGCCAUGAUGGAAAUAUUUUUCUUUAUAAAUGGAAUGGUCCGAAGGUUGUAAAAAAUCCGCCAAAAAAACGCCUUCCCGAAAUGCCAGAUAUGGAACUACCUGAUGAUAUUCUUGAUCCUGACACACCUUCACUGGAGCAGGAGAAAAUUAAUGCGGAAAUCAAGCGGCAGCAGGACGCGGCUGAGGCACAUGAUCGCGAUGUCCUGGCGAAGAUUGGAGUACUCCAAAACGAAUAUUUUGAGAUUGUGCGACGUAAUGAACAACUGCCACCCGGCUUACGUGCCCAGCACAAGGAUCUUCUUCUCGAUCCACGCAUAACUCAACAAAUACGCGAUGAGCUGCAAGCCGAGUUGGAUGAUGUGCGAGAGGACUUGGCCUAUGAUCUAGAAUUUGCCCAAGUGGGCCAUCGCAAGCUUUUUGAUCAUUUUCUUAAGGAGCUGGACCAUGUGCCCUUCUCGGUCACUCCUUUGCGGGCCAACGUCACACCAAUUUCUACCUUCCGCCUGCAGUCUUUGGGGGAAGAAUACGAGCAAAUUAAACGCGACAUAGAAGAACGGUUGCGUCGGGAGCAAGAAUUGGGCCUCCAUGACCUUAUCGCCGCUGAGGAGAAGGAGGACUCAAUUGGAGAGCCACCUCCAGAAUCGUUCUUCUUUGGUCGCGAUCCACGCAGCAUAAUGCCUCGCUUCAGCAGAAAGAUGAUGCGUCUGCUCUUGCGAUACCGCAAACGACAACUGUACGAGGUGCGACGCAUCUUUGACUGGGACAAGCUGGAGCGUCAGAAACCCGAUCCCAAUCGCAACCAUCCAGAUGAUGAUGCCCAAAUUGCAGAGGCCAUGCGCAAUUUGGGCGAUUAUAAGCUUAAGAUUGGUGCCGACUACGAACCAAAGCCUUCGGAGACCCUAACACAAAAAUACAUUGAAAUUGUCGAGUGCCGGAAGAUGUACUUCGAGAUGGUGGAUACUUUUAAUCAUCGUAUUUUCGCGCUUCGCGAUCGAAAAAAACAUCUAUUGGGGCAUAUACGAAAACGACGCAACCGACUGAAUACUAUACACAGCUUUGUCCCUGAAAGGGAUCGUUUAUAUUUAGGGGAUAUAGCAGAAAUCAAUCCGGACAUUGAGUAUCCCGAGUAUAAUCUCAUUGAGCAUUGCGAACCGGGCUGUGGUGUGAAUGUGGAUGAUAUUUUGUAUAUGGAAAAAACCGUGGAGGAGGUCAUCGAGGAAAGAAAACGUGAUCCCACCAUAGACACCGUCAGCAUCUUUACACUGGCACACAUUGAGUCUCCGGAGCUGCAAGAAGCUGUCAAGUACAAUGCACUGCAAAUUUGUAAAGUAGAUAGAACCCUCACUCCUGGGGAGCUAGUAGCUAUGCUCCGAGACCUGCCGCCGAUCAGUGACCCAUCAUACUUCGAGCUAGAUGAGGAGGGAAACGCCCCCAUGACCCAGGAAAUGCGUAAUCGCUGUCUUCGAGUCUUGCUGGUUGAGCAGCAAAACAUAAAGGAUGAUGUGGACGAGCAGAUCCGCCAGUUCGAUAAGGACCUGGAGAAAAUGAAUAUUUCUCGUUUUCAUGCUAAACUGGAGGCCGAGUUCAUGGCUGCAUACCUGAUUAGCCUAAAUCAGGAGCUAUACAUAUUGCGGGACAGCGAGGAAAUUGAGAAUCAGCUGUUACAAAAUGCAAACGAGGCCAUGAAUACCCGGAAUGAGUUACAGGUGGUGAUUAACGCCACAAAUCGUCAGCUGGACGAGCUCCGGAAGAACAUUGAUAAGUUGAACGAACAAAUUGCGGCAUUGCAGCUGACAUUUAUGAGCACGAUCAAGGGUCACAAGUUCUAUGACUUUCUGCGUCGUAUAUUUAAGAAAAGGUGGCGUCCACCAAAGCGCGUUCGCAAAGAUGAUGAAGAAUCCUCCACAUCAUCGGAAUCAUCGUCAUCGAGUGAGGAGGAUGAGGCGGAUGCGAAGAGUAUAGAUUCAUUGGACAUGACCACGAUACGUCUAGAUGAAUCGACAUGUCCCACCGGACUGGAUCGGGCCUUGUACGAUCUAGCCUUUGUCAUGCGCUCGGAUCGACAUGGACUGGAGCGUAGCGUCAUUGAGCACAUGGCUGAGGUGGCUAAGAAGCGUAAGGAGAUUGCUGAAAUGCAAAAGCAAAUGAAGCACCACGAGGAGGUGUACGAUCGUGAAAAGAACACUUUGCUGGAGUUUCGGAGACAACGACAACAGGAGAUAAACAAGGUGCAGUUGAACGCCGUGCUACGUAUGGAUCAGCUGCAGCAUUUUUAUGAGGGCGACGACUACCGUGAUCUGUCCAAGGCCAUACUCUUUGAUGCCGAUAGGUUGGUUGAUCUCCGUCGACGUGUGGAGCAGUUGAACGACGAGACGUUGGCAACGCGGCGCUGGCAUCGGAUCAAUAUUGUGCAUUUACGGCGCAUGAACACGGACAUUAAGUUCAUGCGCUACGAGAUCACACGAUUGGAGGAGGAGAUCAAGCAGGCCAUGAUGAAACGCUUCGGGCUAAUUGUAAACCUUGACGAACUGGAGGAGGAAGUGCUGCGUAGAUAUGUUUUUGAGCUGGAAACUACUGCCGAGGAUGAACUACGAGCACUGGAAAAAGAACUAUUGGAAAGACAGCGGGAGCUUAUGCGGUGCGAAGAAGAAUUAAUUCACGAGACGCAGGUGAAUGCAGAGAAACGCAAUAUUCUCGCUGCACUUCGAGAGGAGAAGAACGUUUUGGAUGUUGUACUCGAUGCGCAGGAGCGGAACCAUGAAAAGUGGACUAAGCCCAACACACUUAAUCUUUCCUAUGACAUUGAAAAACUGGUGGACAUUGACAAUCAGAUGCAGCGGCAAAUCGAGUGCCUGGAACGUGAGAUUUGUACUUUGCGCUUGAAGUCAAAACCUCUGCAAAUUAUCGAAACAGAGCCGCCGCAUGAGCCGCAGGCUGCCAGCGAGCUGUUACCAAACGAUGAUCCCACGGUCUGCCCAGCCAUAGUAAAUGUGGAGACUUUUCUGCAACCCCAGAUGCCCGAUGACUUUAUUUUGGAUCGGGUACACACUAUUGUGCAGAAGACUUUUAACCAGUUUCUUGGCAAACACACAACUCCCGAGAACGUGCGCAAAUUUUCACAGCGAGCCGCCCUGUAUCUCUGCCAAGCGGCCUAUAACUUCCAGGGAAAGUAUACAGAUCGCAUUGCCGAGUGCAUUACAGAGCACUUGGAGAGCUUAGUGCCGAAGAAAUACUUUAUUCACAUUAGCGCUGACGAGCUGCGUAAACUAUUCAAUGAGGUCGUCGCUGUCUUCGAGUACGAACGCUCCGAUGUGAACACUGAGGAGGUAAUUUCAGGUAUUUUUGACCAUGCCAAGGACUCGCUGUGCGCCCAAAUAACCGAAGUAGUUAAUCGCACGCACUUUAUAAUGGCGCACAUGUUCAAGGAGUUGAUCGAGGUAUUGCCACUGGAGGAGUUUCAGUCGGACGAAACACUACGCAUCAUUGUGGACAUUCUGGACCGGGAUCCGAUGAUCGAUGCACGUGCCAUUAGCGUUGAGAAUCUCAUAGAGAGUACCCUGCAGCAUGCCAAGGAUAACUUGCUCGAUGGCAUUACGGCGAUACCCUUGCGGAAGGUCAGUGCCAAUAUACAACGCGAUCUAUUGAAGCGGCGUCAGUAUAAGCCGCCCAGCUGCCAGUCACCCAUGCUGGUCCGCAUUGCCAAGAAGCAAGGCGGAACAGGCUUGAAAUUCUAAGAAAGAAACAAAGUAAAAAAGUUUAUGAUCAUAAAAAACAAAUAAAGACUGGGUUUUAGUAAAA